GUCUCUUUCGUUUAACACUUUCAUGCAACAAUCAAACUGACAUUUCUCCCUCAAAUAAAACAAAAACAAAAAAAUAAAAAAAAUAAAAAAACAAAAAAACCAAAAACAUGGCUUUUCUUCAAGCAACCAAAACCUGCAUAUUUGUUUUUGCUUCUAUCGUUUGUUUCUGCCUUGUUUCUCCUUCAUUAGCAGAGCUUCCACAUUUCGAGCAACCUCUAAAACCCGACGGCUCUCUUAGUUUCUUGGUUAUCGGAGACUGGGGAAGAAAAGGAGACUAUAACCAAUCUGAAGUUGCUGUACAGAUGGGAAUAAUCGGAGAAGAACUGAACAUAGACUUUGUCGUCUCUACUGGAGAUAAUUUUUAUGAAUAUGGAUUAACAGGAGUUAAUGAUCCAUCCUUUUACGAGUCAUUUACUAAUAUCUACACUGCUCCAAGCUUGCAAAAGCAAUGGUAUAGCGUCCAAGUUCGUUACGCCAAGGAUACAGAUGGGUUUGUUCUGAGGUCUUUUAUUGUCAAUGCAGAAAUUGUUGAAUUUUUCUUUGUGGACACAACUCCAUUUAUCAAUGACUACUUUGAUAAACCUGACCACACCUAUGACUGGAGAGGUGUUCUUCCUAGAGAGGAUUAUCUUGCCAAUUUGUUGGAGGAUUUGGAUGCAGCACUGCAAAUUUCCAAUGCAAAAUGGAAAAUUGUUGUUGGUCAUCAUGCCAUCUUAAGUGCAGGACAUCACGGGCUCACAAAAGACCUCAUCGAACGACUUGUUCCAAUCCUAGAGGAACAUAAUGUUGACAUUUACAUGAACGGUCAUGAUCAUUGCUUGCAACAUAUCGCUAGAAAUGACAGCAAAAUUCAAUUCCUAACAAGUGGAGGUGGUUCAAAGGCCUGGAGAGGCGAUAUAAGGGAGUGGAAUCCUGAGGAAUUGAAAUUAUAUCACGAUGGCCAAGGUUUUAUGUCUGUGCAAAUGACUGGCACUAAAGCUAAUUUCGUAUUCUACGAUGUUGUCGGCACUGUUUUGCAUCAAUUCAGCCUCUCCAAAGAGGAUCACUCUGCUAUGUAGAGAGAUGAGAAUUUACUACAGCUAGGAGGAGGAUGUUCAGCAUCUCCAUUUACGAGUAAAUAUGCAGGGUAGAUUUCAAAAAUAAAAAAUGAGAAUCUGUAAUUAGUUCACAAAAAAUAGGCGAAUCUACAUAUUACAGGAUUCUAUGCUUGUAUUUUUUAAAAAAAUGAUUUUAAUAUUUCAAAUAAGUUGUAUUUAAUUAAAGAUGUCCAAUGAAUUUAUCUUCUUUUUA